AUGGGUGAGAUCAGCCAAGAGACGGUGGAGAAAUACCUGGAGGACAACCCUCAGUUCGCCAAGGACUAUUUCAACAGGAAGCUGCAGGUGGAGGCGCCGAGCGGCGGGGCACAGGCACCGGCCAGCGCCUCCUUCCCCGGCCGGACGCUGGCGGAGGAGGCGGCCCUGUACCUGGAGCUACUGGAGGUCUUGCUGGAGGAGACGGGCAGCGUGGAGCUGGCGGUGCACAGGGCCCUGCGGAGGCUGGCGCAGCUGCUGCAGGCCGACCGCUGCAGCAUGUUCUUGUGUCGCGCCCGCAACGGCACGCCGGAGGUGGCCUCCAAACUGCUCGACGUCACCCCCACCUCCAGGUUUGAGGACAACCUGGUGGUCCCCGACAGAGAAGCUGUGUUUCCGUUGGACAUCGGGAUAGUGGGGUGGGUUGCUCACACGAAGAAAACCUUUAAUGUGCCAGAUGUGAAAAAGAACAGCCAUUUUUCUGACUUCAUGGACAAACAAACCGGGUAUGUCACUAGGAACUUGCUGGCAACCCCCAUCGUGAUGGGCAAGGAGGUUCUUGCUGUGUUUAUGGCAGUUAACAAAGUAGAUGCUCCUGAAUUUUCCAAACAGGAUGAAGAGGUCUUUUCCAAAUACCUCAGCUUUGUUUCUAUCAUCCUAAAGCUUCAUCAUACCAACUACCUGUACAAUAUUGAAUCCCGAAGAAGUCAGAUUCUUAUGUGGUCAGCCAACAAAGUAUUUGAAGAGCUCACAGAUGUUGAGCGACAGUUUCACAAAGCGCUCUACACUGUGAGAACAUACCUGAACUGCGAACGCUACUCCAUUGGGCUGCUGGACAUGACCAAGGAGAAGGAAUUCUAUGAUGAGUGGCCAGUCAAGCUUGGAGAAGUCGAGCCUUACAAAGGUCCAAAGACCCCAGAUGGCAGAGAAGUCAUCUUUUAUAAAAUCAUUGAUUACAUUUUACAUGGAAAAGAAGAGAUCAAAGUCAUUCCGACACCUCCCACGGACCACUGGACUCUCGUUAGUGGGUUGCCAACAUACGUUGCUGAAAAUGGAUUUAUCUGCAACAUGCUGAACGCCCCGGCGGAUGAAUACUUCACGUUUCAGAAAGGACCUGUAGAUGAAACUGGCUGGGUCAUUAAAAAUGUCUUGUCCCUGCCUAUUGUCAACAAAAAAGAAGACAUCGUGGGCAUUGCUACAUUUUACAACAGGAAGGAUGGAAAGCCUUUUGAUGAAUAUGAUGAGAACAUCGCUGAGACUCUCACACAGUUUCUUGGAUGGUCUCUUUUAAAUACUGACACCUAUGAGAAAAUGAAUAAGCUGGAGAACAGAAAGGACAUAGCCCAAGAAAUGCUCAUGAACCACACCAAGGCUACGCCUGAUGAAAUCAAGUCCAUUUUGAAAUUUAAAGAGAAGUUAAAUAUAGAUGUAAUUGAAGACUGUGAAGAAAAACAACUUGUCACAAUUUUGAAGGAGGACCUGCCAGACCCACGGACUGCAGACCUGUAUGAAUUCCGCUUCAGCGACUUGCCCAUCACAGAGCACGAACUGAUUAAGUGUGGACUUCGGCUGUUUUUUGAAAUAAACGUGGUGGAGAAAUUCAAAGUACCCGUUGAGGUUCUCACCAGAUGGAUGUACACCGUGAGGAAGGGGUACCGGGCCGUCACGUACCACAACUGGCGACACGGGUUUAAUGUGGGGCAGACCAUGUUCACGUUGCUGAUGACAGGAAGACUGAAGAAAUACUACACAGACCUUGAAGCCUUUGCCAUGCUUGCUGCCGCCUUCUGCCACGACAUUGACCACAGAGGCACCAAUAAUUUGUAUCAGAUGAAGUCCACAUCUCCGCUAGCAAGGCUUCACGGCUCUUCCAUCUUGGAGAGGCACCACCUGGAGUACAGUAAGACACUCCUGCAGGAUGAGAGUUUAAACAUCUUCCAGAACCUAAAUAAACGCCAGUAUGAAACAGUUAUUCAUUUGUUUGAAGUUGCAAUAAUAGCAACUGACCUGGCUCUAUAUUUCAAGAAGAGAACCAUGUUUCAAAAAAUUGUCGAUGCCUGUGAAAAAAUGGAAACUGAAGAAGAGGCCGUCAAAUAUGUGACCAUUGAUCCAACCAAAAAAGAGAUCAUCAUGGCGAUGAUGAUGACUGCGUGCGAUCUGUCAGCUAUAACCAAGCCCUGGGAGGUACAAAGUCAGGUAGCACUCCUGGUUGCAAAUGAAUUUUGGGAACAAGGAGAUCUGGAGAGAACAGUGCUGCAGCAACAACCCAUUCCUAUGAUGGACAGAAACAAAAAAGAUGAACUACCCAAACUUCAAGUUGGAUUUAUUGACUUUGUCUGUACUUUUGUAUAUAAGGAGUUCUCACGGUUUCACAAAGAAAUCACACCUAUGCUGAAUGGUCUUCAAAACAACAGAGUGGAAUGGAAAUCCCUAGCUGAUGAGUAUGAUGAAAAGAUGAAGGUAAUUGAAGAGAUGAAAAAGCAGGAAGAAGGAAAUAUGACAGAAAAAGCUGUAGAAGAUGCAGGAGGUGGUGGUGAUGACAAGAAAUCCAAAACAUGUCUAAUGUUGUAA